CAUAUGACUAAAGCCGGAAGCAGAACACAACAACUGUCCGUCCCUUAAGAUUGUUUAUUUCCUUCCUGUUAUUUAGCUUUUACAUAAUGGAGUCAAGUCUUGAGCAGCACCUCGAUGACACGAUGAAGAAUCCAGCGGUUGUUGGAGUCUUGUGUACAGAUCACCAGGGACACAACCUCGGCUGUCGAGGAUCUCUGUCAGAUGAACAUGGAGGCGUCAUCUCAGUUUUGGCCAAACAAGCUUCUGCUCUCAGCAAGGACCCCACAGACUCUCCGACUGUGUGUCUGGAGUCUGAAUCAGGAAACAUUCUGGUGAGGAGCCACGGGACCAUCACGAUGGCUGUUCACAAGAUCGCCUCUUAAAGGUCGAGUGUAAACAGCCUUCAUGUUAGCUUGGUUGGAUUUCCUUCAUUGUGUUGUAUGAUGAUGAUGAUGUUGUUGACAUGCACCUGUUGUGUUGUUACUGUGUGGCGUGAUGCUCCAUGAUCAGUAAAGAAUUGCAGCA